AUGCGGCCGCGCGGCGGAGACGGCUCCGACUCCGACGGCGGCGGCGCGCGCUCCGGCUCCUCCCCUCGCCCGCGCCGCCCGGACCCGUCGUCUGCGCCGGCGCCACGGAGGUCACCGCCGCGGCCCCUCCUCAGCAGCCUCGUGGUCAAGCCGCGGCGGCGGCCGGAGGAGGAGCAAGGCGCCGUUGACCGGCUGGAGCGCCGGCGCGAUCCCCCUCCCGCCGGAAGGCGGCGGGAGCCCUCGCCUCCAGGAUUCAUGCGGCACCGGGAGUCGCGCCGCCAGACGCCGCCGCCGCUCUCGGCGCCAAGGCGGCGCCGCGGCAGCGCGUCCCCUCCUCCACCUCGCCGCCGGGGGAGCCCCCUGGGGUUUCGUCCUAGGCCACAAGGAUAUCACGUGCAUUCAGGUUCCAUGAUACCUCCACAUGGUCAUGGAGUAGAAAGCAGCAAAUUCAAUGAUGCAAUCAGUUCACGUUAUGCAUCUGAGCUGGUAAGUAAAGGAGGUGAAAGGAUCCAAUAUGUUUCUCCUCCCAAUGGAAGAGGAAGACUGCACAAGAGGGAUGUUGGUGCUCCUGGAAAAGACUUCAUCUUCAUUAACGGAGAAUAUGUGCACAGGAAUGACCCAAACUUGUCUCCAAGAGAAGGUGACUGGAUAUGUCAGAAUCCCAUUUGUGGAAAUCUUAAUUUUGCCCGGCGAUCACACUGUAAUAGCUGCAACAAGGAACGGUAUGCACCUGGCAUAUACAAGUCCAACUACAGUCCUGACAGACGCCAGUUCAACUCUCCACCUCAAGGGCCAGUGAGCAGGAUUGUUGGUCCGCCAAGUGGUCGUGAUCUGCCAAGGGAGAAACAGAGGUACAGAUCACCACCACGUGGUUGGGGUAUGGUCCAACCCGAUGAUCACAGGGACUAUCCUACUAGGUUAUCCCCAGAUCAUCCAGGACAAAUGGCAGGCCCUACGCACAGGGACAGGAUCAACUUCCAGGAUGAUCUUCAACACCGACAGCAUAGGAAGUUUGAUUGGGGUGUCUAUAAUCAUCGGGAGCAUCCACGCGAUGGACUAUAUCUUGACCGAAGAGAACCUCGGUUGGGGUCUCCCAGGGGUAGCUGGGGACAAGGUGUAAGGGAUAGAAGUCGUUCACCCAUGCGUAACAAGCCCAUGAACAGGGGACUAGACUUACGGGAGAGAAGUCAAUCACCAUUCCGAGACAGGGCCUUGAACAAAGCCUCCAUUGGUAGAGGUGAACCUGACCGAGACUAUGAUCGUCCAUUUGACACCCAUGGGCGACCUCAUAAUUUGGGCCAUAGCCGUGGCCGUGGUUACAGGCAGGAGGAUGAUCGGUUUCCUAUUCACAAUCAAGGUGACAAGCACAUUCUUUCCCAUCAUCGGAAUGGGAUCCACUGAAAUGUGAUAACCUUUCAGCUGGAUACAGAUUCUUCGUGUUGAUAGGCUAUCUGGGAAAGCAAAAUUUAAUAAAAAUUGUCUUGGUGCUUGAGGGUACCUGCAGCUUUGUAAUGUUGGAUUGUUUGUACUGUGUAGUCCCUUCCUGGGUUGUUUCAGUGGAACUUCUACCUUUUAGAUGUCUUCAUGAACUGAAUUUAAAGGGCAAUGCGAGGAAUGAUUGUUGGAGUGGUUUAAGACGGACGCAAACAUAAUGUGAUGUGUCUGUUCCUAUAUUGUGUGAAAUCAUAAGGUGCUAACUUUGUGUACUGCAGCCUUAUUGUACAUAAACUGCUCCAGGUUUCAUCAGUCAGGUAAAAGCAACUAUGUUGUAUGAUC